AGCUCUCAACAUGGCGGCUCCUCUACUUCACUUGCAUCCACCAAAGUCUGCAGCUCGAUGGAUGAGAACGAUGGCCCUGGGGAAGAAGUGUCCGAGGAAGGCUUCCAGAUUCCAGCCACAAUAACAGAACGAUAUAAAGUCGGCAGGACAAUAGGAGAUGGAAAUUUUGCUGUUGUGAAGGAAUGUGUGGAGAGGUCAACUGCUAGGGAGUAUGCUCUGAAAAUUAUCAAGAAAAGUAAAUGUCGAGGCAAAGAGCACAUGAUCCAGAAUGAGGUGUCUAUUUUAAGAAGAGUGAAGCAUCCCAAUAUUGUGCUUCUGAUUGAAGAGAUGGAUGUGCCAACCGAACUAUACCUUGUCAUGGAAUUAGUAAAGGGCGGAGACCUUUUUGAUGCCAUUACUUCCACUAACAAAUACACGGAGCGAGAUGCCAGUGGGAUGCUGUACAACCUGGCCAGCGCCAUCAAAUACCUGCAUAGCCUGAACAUCGUCCACCGCGACAUCAAGCCAGAGAACCUGCUGGUAUAUGAACACCAAGAUGGCAGCAAGUCUCUGAAACUGGGUGACUUUGGACUGGCCACCAUUGUGGAUGGCCCUCUGUACACAGUUUGUGGCACCCCAACAUAUGUAGCUCCAGAAAUCAUUGCAGAGACUGGAUAUGGCCUCAAGGUGGACAUCUGGGCAGCUGGUGUAAUCACUUACAUCCUGCUGUGUGGUUUCCCUCCAUUCCGUGGAAGUGGCGAUGACCAGGAGGUGCUUUUUGACCAGAUCUUGAUGGGGCAAGUGGACUUUCCUUCUCCAUACUGGGACAAUGUUUCUGAUUCUGCAAAGGAUGAUGGCCUCCCAGAAAAUGAACAUCAGCUGUCAGUAGCUGGGAAGAUAAAGAAGCAUUUCAACACAGGCCCCAAGCCGAACAGUACAGCAGCUGGAGUUUCUGUCAUAGCAACCACCGCUCUUGAUAAGGAGAGGCAGGUUUUCCGACGAAGACGCAACCAGGAUGUGAGGAACCGGUACAAGGCGCAGCCAGCCCCUCCGGAACUCAACUCGGAAUCGGAAGACUACUCCCCGAGCUCCUCCGAGACUGUUCGCUCCCCCAACUCACCCUUUUAAUAAGACCCUUUUACUC